AUGGAUCGUUAUAUGCAUUCACAGAAUAGUUUUUCAUCAAAUUAUGGAAUGCCAUUUGUUGAUGAUUCCAAUAUUUUUUGUCGAUUCACUCCAACGCAUAGUCCAUUAACUAAACAAGUUGAUCAAUUGGCAUAUGAAUUACCGCACAAUAAAUAUGCAAAAAAUCCGUGGAGUUAUGCACCGGAAUUUCUCAAAGUAUUUGGUGAUGUUCGUGCGCAAAUUGGACAAAAAGCAUGCUUCGAUUGUAUUUUGCUUGGCUCACCACGACCGCGAGUGUGUUGGUUAUUUAACAAUGAAAAAAUGAAAUUUGAUGAUGUUCAAAUUGAUGAUACGGCUGAUUUAUGUCGUUUAACCAUACCUAUCAUACAACAUUAUCAUUAUGGUACUUAUAUGGUACUGUGCGAAAAUGAAGUUGGCCGAACGAUAGCUUCUGCUAAUCUUAUACCAAUCUAUAAUUAA